CACACACACACACACUGUCUCACAGCACAGUCUCCCUCACACACACACUCUCGCUCUCACACGCACACACACACACACUCUCUCUCUCACACACACACACACACACUCUCCUCCCGAGCAGUGAAGCAGCCUGCUCGUCUCUUCACUUCAGCGGAUCCCGCAGCGCAGAGCAGAGAGCCGGCGAGCGGAGCUCCUCUUCAGCUGCUAGACCAACUCGCCGAGCCGACCGGAGCAUCUGCAAAACAACCGGGGAAGAGACAGCGAGAGAGAGAGAGGGACGAGCCGGCGAAUGAAACAAAACUAGGCAGAAGAAGAAGAUACGAGAUUUGUGGCAACACUCCGCGGACAGAACCGACCCGGACCGGACGGGACCGCACUAUCCGAACCAGCUUCAGUGCGAAGUGGCGGUGCCAGUGAAUCGUGGGAAUGUCCGAGUCGAAUCUGGAGGAGCUGGGCGGGUCGGACACGGCCCUGAUGAUCGUGCGGCCCCCCGAUUACUGCGUAGAGGGGCCCAGCCUGCCCCUGGAGCACAGGGGGCCCCUGUCCUGCCUGGGCUGGUCCGCGCUGGUGGGGCUCCUCAACGCCGCUCUGCUCCUGCUGCACGUCGUGCUCGUGGGGGUCGUGUUCGGAGUCGUGCUGCUGCCCACCAUCGUGGUCGUGUACUUCGGCUUCCAGUGCCACUCCAGGGUCCUGCACUCUAGCGCCCCCUAUUGCAGGCGCUUGCUGGAUGACGGCUCCUCCUCGGCUCUCAUCAUCCUGGGCUUCGUCAUCUUGUCUCCGCUCCUCGUGGUUGCCAUGGUGAUUUACUGUGGGCUGGCGCGCAGGCUCCGCCUCUUCCUGCUCUUCCAGCCCUGCGCACGCGCUCGGUACCGCGGGGGCACGUGGAGCGGGUUCCAAGUCCCGUGCUGCUGCUGGGGAGGGGGCAGCUCUGUCAAAGCCUGGGU